AUGGAAACAACUCGUAAAGAAUUACUGACUUCAAAAUGCUUAGUCGUUCUUGCUUUUAUUACUGUUGUUUACUUAGGUAAGAGGUAUGCUGUCCCAUCAGUUGAAGUAGAAUGCAUUAAAGAUCCUAUCCAUGAUGCAUUAACAUACUUUAAUGAUGCAGUUAAUAAUAACUUAUCUUUGGCUAGAUUUUUGUAAAUUAGUAGCUCUUUGUUGAUGGAUAUUGUAUUUGUAACUUUAUAUGGGUACUGGGUAUUUAAUAUAUCUACAGGAAGAGUUAUUUAUGCAACAGGAUUGUUUUAUUUAGUAAGAGCUAUAACUUAAACAUUUAUAGUUCUUAGAUUUCCUGAUGGAUAUUAUUGGGAUGAUCCUCAUGUACCUAGUAUUGUAGUUCCAUAUGGAAGAACAAGCGAUUUUUUCUACAGUGGACAUUGCGGAUUCCUAAAUUUAUGUGCAUUAGAAUGGCUAAGAAGUGGAAAAAGUAAUUAUUUUAAAAUAGUUCAGCUUGUUAAUGCUUAUAUGGCUAUUGUUAUGCUGAUAUUUAGAAUUCAUUAUAUGAUUGAUAUAACAACAGCUAUAUUUAUAAGUCAUUACAUAUAUAUUUUAGUGGAGCAAAAUUUAGAUUUAUUGGAUAAUCUUUCACUCCGCUAUUACUAAGCUUUAAAAUUAAAAAUUUUUGAAUGCUAGAGAGGCAAAAAGACUGAAGAAAUUCAAGAAAGUUUAAUAACCUCAAAAGAAUUACUGCCAAUUAAGAAAUAAUCAAAAUGA